AAAAUUUUGACUCUACCUUUCUUUAGAGGGCAAGCUUUCAAAGUAAAAUAAUUAUAAAAAUGAAACUGCUCUAUUUUUAUAAGGAAAAAAAAAACAUUACGAAAAACAAAAGAAAAAACAGCAAAAAUAGCGGAUUGAUUAUUAAAGAAGAGGGUAAAUCUGAAUUUACUUGAAAAUCUUUCAAAAACAAAUCAAGAAAUUCAUACUUUGGGAGUAUAAAGAGAGAAUCUUCACAUUCUCAACAUUUUCUCCACCUUCCUUUCUCCAUAAACGAAACAAACUUAACAUCUUUAAUUUAAAUCUACCUUUCAAAAUAGAAUUCAAUCUUCCCAUUUAGCCUUCUGUUUUAAUUCGGUAGAGAAAUCUAAAUUUAUAUUUAUGGGCACAUCAUUCAGUGAUUCAUCUGCCAAAAGUACUUGAUCACAACCUUCUCUAUUGCAGGCGCUCACGGUGAUUCUUAUUGUUAGCGACAUGAAUUCUAUGUGCUUUGUCGCUUCCUGGUAUGGAGGCCAGAAGAUCUGUGCUACCAAUUAUCGUUGGAUAGCUAGUUUGUGUUUGGCUUUCUCAAUGGAAGCUCCUAAGAGAACUGCAGCUCAAAUGUGGAUGCCAUUGCUUAAUACUUAGUACCAUAGUGGGCUAUUUCUGAACUAGUUUUGUAGGAAUCUUUUGAUUACUCUUCAAUGACAUUGGUAGAAUUAGGAGACUUUAAUUUCCUUUCAUGUUAUGUUCUAGAUGAAUUUGAUUAAUUAGAACGGAUUAGAAAAUACUGCAUUAUAGAGAAGUAAUAGAGGCAAAUUUAGUUUACCAUUCUCGACAAUUUUAGCAAUGGGGUUGCCGCAAGUUCCCCCAGAUGAUAGUUCUGAGGAAGGUCAAGAAGCAUCCGUAGAUGCAUUUUUGCAAAGCCUACCACAGUUUUCAGGUGUCAGCACCUGUGGCUUGGAUUGUAUGCGAGGAGGAAGUUUUAACCAGACUAGUGGGGGUUCUUUGUGCUCUUCACUAGGAGAUUUUCAAAGGAAAACUUCUUUGGAGCUUUCGGAAGUUUCACAGGAUUCUUUCAAACUUGGAGUGAAAAUGAAUGCUCCAUCCGGUGUUCAUGGGCUGAAGAUUGGCUGUGCCAAUGAUGUUGGAUCGUUUACCACUCCUAAAAGUGAACAAAAAGUCCAAAACCCUGUUUCUAGGAUUGUGGGUUUUGAAUCACAUGGAACAAGCAAGGGACCUGAGGGAGUUACUAGUGAUGUUCACUCUUCUCCUAUUGGUUUCAGAGCUAAUGACACAGAGUCUAGUCCGUCAUUAGUCAGGAAGCGACUAUUGUCUCCUUUAAAUAGCGUGCUUUUCUCAGAUCAAUUCAAUUGUGACCCUUUGGACAAUAUCUACAGCAGCACUCAAGUAGUCUCCUCUUCCUUAAAUGAUAAGCAUAAGGUUUCUGUCUCACAAGACAAUAAGAAAGCAAAUAUUGGCAGAAAAAUGAAUAUCACAACAUCAUCCUGGUCCUUGUCAAGCUGCUUGGGACAUGGAGUCAAUCCAUUUAACGAAGGAAGAAUUUCAUCUUUAUUUUUUACAGAUGGUCCUUUACUGGAAGACAAGGACUCACACCUUUCUCAUAAAUUUUCAUAUUCAUUUGGGCUUGAUCAAUUCCAAGAAUCAAGUAAGUUAAGGUUUGGAAGUGGAGCAAUAUCUAUAUCCCCCCAAAUUGCAACUUCACCUGUUUCUUUAUCUCCGCUUGGUCCGAAGUUCAGCGAAAGGAUAGCAAUUGCUGGAGGCUGCAGGAAUCUUGCAAAGGAUAUCGGUGAUUCUCAUUCAUCCUUAAAGAAUAUAGAACAGUCAGUUGACAGGUUCGACACUGGUGUUAUAUUUGUCCCUGACAAAGAGGAGUUUAAGAUUUCAAGCAGAUCAUUUGACGAUAUUGGUUAUUUGCAUGAAGAAUUUCGGCCUUCUUCUCUGGAAAGCGCUGCUGGAUUAAGCUGGCCCUUGCCUCAAGAACCAGCCCCCGCAUCUUCUUGUAGGAGAUCCAUAAAAGGCUUGAGUGGACUUCCUGUUAGGAGAUCUUUGGUUGGUUCAUUUGAGGAGUCAUUAUUGUCUGGAAGAUUCUUUUCUGGAAAGCUAAGUCAGAGGAUUGAUGGCUUCUUAGCUGUUCUAAGCAUAACUGGAGGGACCUUCUCACCACAAUCACAAAAACUUACAUUUCCCGUAACCAGUGUUGAUGGAGAUUGUUCUCUCCUUUAUUACGCAUCCAUAGACCUUUCAAGGAAUUCAUCAUCGAGUAAAUGUCGAUAUCAGAAGCUGAAAAGAGGCCUUGGUAAUGAUGAACAGCAAGCUGUUAGAAGCCGGUUGCAUAUUCCUAUGAAAGGGCGCAUACAAUUGGUUCUUAGCAAUCCAGAGAAAACACCUCUUCACACGUUCUUUUGCAACUAUGAUCUGAGUGACAUGCCAGCUGGCACCAAGACAUUCGUGCGCCAGAAGAUUACCCUAGCAUCUUCUGUUCCAAAUUUUGCGCUGAACAGUUCUGAAGUUAAAGGCAAUGAAGGCUUGGAUUCAAUACAAAUAACUAGUUGCAACAAUGUUCGUUGCAAGGAGCACAGUGAUGCAUAUCAGAGAACUAACCAGAAGCUUUCCCAUAGUGGCAUUAAGAUCAAUGAAAAUACUAAUGGUACUGGUUCCCUGCGAUAUGCUCUUCAUCUCCGAUUUCUAUGCACUCCACCUAAAAAAAGUUCAAAGUCUUUUCAGAGAGGUAAAUCUGAUCUAGAACCGAUUCCACAAAAGACUGGCUCUGACAGGAAUGGGGAUCGGAGAUUCUACUUGUACAAUGACUUUCGAGUUGUCUUCCCUCAACGGCAUUCAGAUGCAGAUGAGGGAAAGUUGAACGUGGAAUACCAUUAUCCAGAGGAUCCAAGAUACUUUGAUAUUAGCAACUGAAACAUCUAAUUUACACAACAAGAGCAUGCUUUGUUUUUGCCGACUUUGUACAUAGUUAUCGUAUGUUCCAUUUCAGCCAUCUCAUCUGCAAAUGGCACUAACUUUGAUCAACCUUGUAUAUAUCUUUAGUCUCAAAUAAUUUUAUAGGUUAUAAACAUUAUUAAAUUGGCCAAGCCUGGCCUCCUUGUAGCGUUGUUGGAAACGUGGAAUGUAUAUACAAUUUUACAAUUUUCCUUUAUCUGCAAAGUUACUAUUCAUGAAACAAAAGAGCCAAAGUGGAAAAA